AUGGAAAUCCCUUUAAGUUGUGGUAAAACAACAAUUUGUGAAAUGUUGAGUUCAAUGAAUGAUCAACAACUUUACACAAUUAACUGUCAUACAACAACAGAAAGUGCUGAUUUUAUUGGUGGAAUACGACCAGUUCGAAAUAGACAAACGGACGAACAAACAUCAAGUAAAACAACAAAACGUCGUUUAUUCGAGUGGCAAGAUGGUGUUUUAGUUUGUGCAAUGAAAUCUGGUGGUCUAUUUUUGAUUGAUGAAAUAUCGUUAGCUGAUGACAGUGUCCUAGAAAGAUUGAAUAGUGUAUUGGAACAUGAAAAACAAAUUGUUUUAGCUGAAAAAGGUUUAUCAGCAACCACAACCACCACUUCCACGAUUACUGGUGAUCACUAUGAUCAAAUUGAAAUUGUUACUGCCACAAAAGAAUUUAGAAUUGUAUCUACGAUGAAUCCAAGUGGAGAUUUCGGAAAAAAAGAGUUAUCACCUGCUCUUCGUAACCGUUUUACUGAAAUAUGGUGUACGCCUAGUGAAACACUAGAUGAUUUAAAAUCGAUUAUUUUUCAUAAUUUGAAAAUUGAAGACAAUCAACAACGUCGUAAAUAUUCAGAAAUUAUGACAGAUUUUGUUCAAUGGUUAAGAAAAGUACAGAAAACGAAAAAAAUUUUGACAACUGUUCGCGAUGUCCUUAGUUGGGUUGAUUUUAUAAAUUUAUUAGUUCUCAAAUAUCCUCAUUCUACUCCACUCGCUUAUUAUCACGGUGCAAACUUAGUAUUUUUGGAUUGUUUAUCUCAACAAGAUGAUGCGAAUUUAAAACAAAGUGCCAUAGAAUAUUUACAACAACAACUAGAUCAUCAGUUAGAUAAAAGUAGACUAUUUACAAAUCAUCAAGACGAUAAUUCUGUUCGAUUUGGUUCAUUUUCAGUAGAGAAAGGCUCUUCAUCAUUCAUAGAACAUCAACAACGUUAUAAUUUUUUAGCACCAACUACUAAUGAAAAUUCGUUACGUUUAGUUCGAGCAAUGCAAUUAUCAAAACCAAUAUUAAUUGAAGGAAGUCCGGGAGUGGGAAAAACAUCGAUUGUUAUUGAAUUAGCGAAAUUAUGUCAACACGAAUUUAUCAGACUUAAUCUUAGUGAACAAACUGAUAUUAGUGAUUUAUUUGGAAGUGAUUUACCGGUUGAACAUGGGGAAGCAGGACAAUUUGCAUGGCAUGAUGGACCAUUGUUAACAGCACUCAAAAAAAAUCAAUGGAUCAUACUCGAUGAACUUAAUUUAGCAAAUCAAUCUGUUCUAGAAGGUUUAAAUGCAUGUCUCGAUCAUCGUGGUGAAAUUUAUAUACCCGAAUUAAAUCGUACAUUUUAUGUUCGUCACUGUAAAUCAGUUCGUUUAUUUGCCUGUCAGAAUCCAUAUAAUCAAGGUGGUGGACGCAAAGGUUUACCAAAAUCAUUUUUGAAUCGUUUUACAUCUGUAUAUUUUGAUCCAUUAACUCAUCAAGAUUUAUUUGUAAUUUGUCAACACUUAUAUCCAACAUUCAACAAUGAACGAAUAGAAAAUAUGUUAAAAUUUAAUCAACGAUUACAUGAACAAAUUGUUGAAAAAAGACAGUUUGGUGGAGAAGGUGCACCAUGGGAAUUUAAUUUAAGAGAUGUAUUAAGAUGGUGUGAAGUAACAGGAGAACAAAAUCAACCAGAAGAUUAUUUAAAUUUAAUCUAUUCACAUCGAAUGAGAACAACAGAAGCAAAAGAGAAAAUUCGAUUAUUGUUUGAACAAACAACAGAAUGGAAAAUGAAAUCAGAAUCGAUUACAUUCAAUAUGACAGAUACUAUGUUACGGAUUGGUCAAAGUUGUUGUAAACGUGAAUCAUUACUUCUAUCCUCUGUCGUUCGUCAACAUAAUUUUAUUUUAAUGCGUCAUCAAUUACCCUAUAUGGAAUCAAUUUUAAAAUGUUUAGAAAUGUCUUGGCCAGUACUGUUAGUUGGUGAUACAUCGUCAUGUAAAACAAGUCUCAUGGAAAUUUUGUCACAAUUAGUUGGACACAAAUGUGAUUAUUUUCCAUUGAAUUCAUCGAUUGAUACAACAGAAUUACUUGGAAAUUUUGAACAAUUUGAUUUAUCAAAGAUGUUAAAAGAUGAAUUGGAGAUUAUCAAACAAGAUUUAAAACUAUUAGCUCAACAGUAUCUUGUAGAAGAACAAAAUUAUUUGAAAUGUUCAAAAUGUUUUGAUCUUAUCUACCAAAUUGAUAGUUUACAAGAAGAUAAUAAAUCAAUAAUAACACUAUUAAAAGAGUUAAAACGUUUUUUACCUGAUAAAUCUAAAAUUGUCUCAUUAAUCAAACAAUAUCGUUUAUGGAAAUUAAAAACGGGUCAAUUUGUAUGGAAUGAAUCACAGUUACUUCGUUCAAUGAUAAAUGGUUCAUGGCUUGUGAUUGAAAAUGUAAAUCAAUGUCAAUUAUCUGUUUUGGAUCGAUUAAAUUCGUUAUUAGAACCAAAUGGAACCUUAACAAUUAAUGAAUGUGGUGGAGAAACAAAAAGAGUAUAUCCACAUAAACAAUUUCGUCUUAUUUUAACAAUGGAUCCAAAAUAUGGUGAAAUAUCAAGAGCAAUGAGAAAUCGAUGUAUCGAAAUAUUUAUUCAAAAUGAUAUUAAAAAGCAUGAAUUAGAUACAAAAGAAUUGUUAGAUUCAUUACAUAUUAGAGAUGAUAAUUUAAAACAACAAUUUUAUAAUGUACAUAAUAUAUUAUGUCAGAAAGUAUCAACAUUCGGCUAUCAUAAUUUAAUUCGUUCAUGUUUAUUAUACAAUCAAUUAUUUUAUACACUUUCGAUAAAUUCAACUUCAGAAUUAUUUCGUUUAGCUCUUAAAAUAGCUUAUGUGACAUUGAAUAAUAAACAAAAUUUAGAAUUACAAUCUCUCAUUGAUAAUUUAUCGCUUGAUAAACAUCAAAUAACAACUUCUUCAUUUCCAUCGGUUUUAAUUAAUAAUCUUUGUCUUCGUCCAUCACUCUUUCUAUUUGAAAAACAUAACUGGCAAUUUAUCACGAAUAAUAUUGAUAAUUCAACAUUCAAAAUAUUAUUUUAUCGAUUUUUCGAAUAUUUAUCAAUAACAGAUUGGCAGUUAUAUUUAGAUUAUUAUCAGACUCAUUCUAAUUGGGAAAUAACAAAUUGUCGAGUAUCAAUAGUAAGAGAAAUUAUGUCGUCUGAUCAACUUUUAUCAAAAUUAGAUGAAAAAUAUUCAAAUUUAUCACCAUUCGAUAGUCGUUUUGAUCCAUAUAUGAAUGGUGUAAAUACGAUUAAUUUCAACAUUUACAAUCGUUUACACAUGCUUAUACGUUUUUAUACAGAUUGUUUUUAUAUAGUAAAUAUGAUCGAAAGACGAAAAAAGAAGACGAAAAUAGAUUUGUCCGAAAUUGGCUCAUAUUAUAUGACAAAUCAAACAGACUUAAAACGAGCACAUUUAGAUGAAAAAUUAUUUUAUUCAAAUUCACAUUUAUGGUUAAUCUUAAAAUUAUUUAUAAAAGAGUAUUUAUCAACAGCAAAUGUUGAUAUGAAUAAUCAACUGGCAUGGACGUUUGUUCGAGCUUGGAAUCUAUUAGUAAAUGUUAUUCAAACAAAUAUCGAUAAUGAUGGCAAUCAACGUUUUCAUUUAUUGAUUAUUUGGCCAAAAAUUCGUCCAUUAUUUGACUCGUGUGAUAUCGAAUUAUUGAAACGUGUACAAUUUAAUGAUUUAUGUUCACUCUAUGAUAUUUAUUUGACAUUUGAUCAAGAAUAUAUGUCGAUACAAAAUCAAUUCUUAAUAUUUUAUAAUUAUCAUCAAUUAUUUACAUCUCCGUCAAUAUUUGCAUCUCAAUUAGGAUACGAGUUAAUAUGUAAAGUACAAUCAUGUUUAAAAAAAAUAGACAUAAUAUCAAAUGACAGUAGUAAUAAUAGAACGUCAACAAUGGAAAUAUGUUUGAAUUAUCAUAUUAAACAUCAAAAACAAUUAUAUGCAACUUUACAACAGUUAAAUGAUAUUAUUUAUCAAACACAGGAAUUGGAUGAUGAAAAUAUGUAUGAAAAAUCGCUUGUUUUAAUUAAUGAAAUCGAAACAUCAUGGUCAACAUAUCAAUUGAAUCAACAAACAUCAACUGUUGAAAUGAAUAUAAAUCAUCGUCAAAUUUUAUUCUAUCGUACAUUUGAAAAUGUUCUCUAUUCUUCAUAUUAUUGGAUAAAAACAUUUUUAUCAAAACUUAUUUAUGAUGAUAACACCGUCAAUCAGACAAUACUACCUAUUAGUGAUGAUAUUCGUUGUUUAACACCAUUUUAUUUAGCUUAUUGUUCAAUCUCAACAUAUUCUCAUUGGCAAGAAAUAUUUUGUCAUCUAAUAUCAUUGACACAAUCAAAUUUUUCAUCAAGAUAUCAUCAUUGGUUAAAACAGUCAACAUCAACAAAUGAAAUUCAAUUCUCAUUAUCAUCAUCAAAUUCUUUAUUAUUUCAAUUGAAUAGUCGAGAAAUUCCAUUCGGUUGGUAUGAACAAGUAAAACAACAAUUAAAAUAUUGGAAUGAAUUUUAUUGGAAAUAUGGAACAUAUUUAUCAUCGGAUUCAUCCACAUUUGAAACACUUUAUCUUCCUCUCUUGUCUGAUAAUGUUCACUGGACGAUAGUUAAUAAUUUAUCGUUGUCAACAAGUAUUCGUCUAAUUAAUCUUGGUCUAUAUCAAAUUGAUAUAUUGAUGCCUUGUGGUGAUAUUGAUCCUGUUCUAUACGAACAAAUUCUUCAUCAUUAUCAACUUGAACAAUGUUCAAAUAUUCAAUUAGAAUUAGAUGUUAGACGUGAAUGUUCAAAACAAUCAAUGAGUUGGAAUGAUUGUAACACUGAUUCGACGAUUAUUCUUCAUCCAUGGCAGUCAUUAAUGAUUGAAACCGUGAAUGAUUGUAGUACAAUUGAUAAUAUUAACAAAGUAUAUCGUUUUGAUAACAGUGUCUAUAAGAAAUUAAUUGAUUCUCUUCAAAAUCUACUUGUCAAUUUAUUUAAUAAACAACGUGUUGAAAAUAUGUGUAAUGAAUUAGAUAAAAUUAAAAAUGAGACUAAUGUUGAAAAAUGUGCACAAGAAAAACAACAAUUUUCAAUUAACUAUCAACAAUGGCGUACAACAAUAAUUGAAUAUUAUAAAACAAUGAUAAAAUGUGAUCAAUACUAUUUAUAUAAAGAUGUAACGAUGCCAAUUAUGACAGCCAUGUUUCAAGUUAUUCUUGGUUUUGAUCUAUAUGAGAAAACGGUGUAUACGAAUACAAUUUUAAAUCGUACACCAACAACUUUAUCAUCGUUUAAAUUAAAUUUAUUUCAUUGUUUACGUUUUCCAUUUGUAACGAUAAAUGAUGUUAAAACAACAUUUCACAUUGCCAAAUACUUAUUUUCACAACGAACAAUUUUAAAACGACAUAAAUCAAAUUUAUCUAACGAUUUUUAUGUAUUAAUUAUUCAAUAUAUUUUAACAUACAUUAGUACAACAGAAACAUUAACCUGUGAAUGUUAUGAAUUUUUACAAGAUUAUUUAUUUGAAAUUCAUUCAAUAUGGUCUGAACAAAAUGAUUUAAAUGAAAAACGUCGUUUAGAAAAUGAGAGUUUAUAUAAAACUGUAAAACAUGAAGAUGAAUUAGAAAGUGAACGUGAUGAAAUUGAAUAUGGAGAAAUGUUUCCAAAAUAUGAUGAACAUUUUAAAGAUUUUGAGUUAUCAUUGGAUAUAGUUGAAGAAGAAGUCAAUAAUACAGAAUCUAAAAAGAAAGAAAAACAGUCAAUUAUAUCUUCUUUUCCCUCAUCAUUAAUAUUUCAAUAUUUAUCCGAUAUUGUUACAUUAAAAAAAUUUCAAUUACCAUUAAUGUUCAAUUCAGUUUAUGAUUUUUAUAUGAAAUAUGAUGAAAAUGAUAAUGAAAAUAACAUGUACACAUUUCAUAUGAUACGUUCAAAUGCAAUUUUUGAUACUAAAAAUACAGUCGCCGAUUUUAAACCCUACGAUAUUUAUAGUGAUUCAAAUAUAUCCACAGUUAUAUCGUGUCGUUCAACAAUUGAUUUAAUUGAUCGACGUACUAAUGAAUUACUUAUUACUCAUGAUCAACAUCCAAUUUUACUUGAAAUUCUUCAAAUUAUUGAACGAUUAAAAUGUUUUUCAUUAACAAAUUCUUUAAUUCAAUUUCUCUAUGGUUUUGAUUUAUUAUUUACUAAACUUUCAUAUUGGCAAACAACAUAUUCAUCAAAAACAUUAAAAACAACGUAUGAUAUUGAAAUAAAAUCUCUAACAGACAUAAUAAUUUUAAUUCGAAAAUAUGAAUUAGAUUGUUGGAAAUUAACACUUACAAAUUUAGAAUAUAAAUUUAAAAAACAAACAAUUGAAAAAUGGUGGCUACAUUUAGUUGGAUUAUUUAAUCAAGAUCUAUCACAAAAUCAAGAUGAUAUAGUACUUGAUCAAACAUUAACAGAAUAUUUUGAAACAUCAACAUUAGGUGAAUAUGAGACAAAAUUAUAUAUUUUAAAAAUUCUAUUAAAAUAUUAUGACAAACAACGAUCGAUGACAUCUGUUGUAUAUGUUAAAUGUUAUAAUUUUUACAAAUAUUAUUUACAAUUUCUUUCAUGUAUUCAAACUCAAAUUGAUCGACUUCGUUCACCAUUGGAAAAAGAAUUAAAAGAUUUUAUAAAAACUCAACGAUGGAAAGAUUAUAAUUAUUAUUCAUUAAAACAAGUAACAGAAAAAUGUCAUCGAACGAUAUUUAAAUAUACGAAAAAAUAUAAAUCGAUAUUGAGUCAACCGGUAUUGAAAUAUUUCACUUCUGAAUUUACACCAAAUCGUUUAACAAAAAAUGAGCGUAUAUUGAAGAAAAUUCUUGUUCAGUUACCACCAACAAUUAAACACACACAACAACAACCACUACAGAAUGAUAAAAUAACAUCGAAAAUAUCUAAAAUUAUUUUAUAUUUGAAAAAAUUGAAUAAAAAUGAAAAAUUUGAUAAAAUUCCAAAUGAAAUGAAAGAUGAUACCGAUAAGAUCUGUCAUUUAUCUAAAACAAUUCAAUCAUUAAAAUCCUCUCUUUCAUCCUCGACAAAAGAAGAUAGAGAAAAAUUUCGUAAAGAUUUGAAACAGAUUUAUGUUGAAAAACGUCAGUUAAUUACUCAAUUAUUUAAAAAAUUACAAGCAAUUGGGUUAUCACAUCGAAAAGGUUUAGUUUCGAAAAUAACUUCACAUCAAUUAUUUUCAAUUUUACCUGUCGAAUUGGCAUCAACUGUAGAAGAAGAAAAAGAAGAAGAUCAUACAAUCGUCUAUGGUUUUAUACCAUUAUCAACAAAAAAUCUUUUACUCGAAUCUCGUUCGUACGUCUAUACAUCGUCCUAUUUACCAACAACGAAUUUGUGUGAUUCGUACUAUUAUUCUCUACUAUCAAAACGUCUUAUAUUAAAACAAUUAUUGACAAAACCUGAAUCAAAAACAGUUGAUCCUGUUUAUUUUGAACGUAUUCAAGGUCAUAGUGAACAUUUAACACAAAUUAUUAAUCAGCAAAAAUUAUUUUUACAUUCACUCAUUGAUAAAUAUCAACAAUAUACUCAGCUUGAGCAAAUAUACAAACAGACACAAAUAGUGGCAAACGAGAAUGUCAACCUGGUUAAUUCGUCUUCUCUAACUUAUCUAUUAACCUCAACAACAGUUGUCCUUGAACGUAUUCAUCAUGUCAAAUAUUUAUUAGAAUCAGCUCCAUCUCACUUAAGUAAUGAUCAACAUUAUCUCCGUUUAACUUCUGACAUUCCUCAAUAUAUUACUCAAUUAACGGAUAAACAUUCUCAAAUGUAUUUGGAUCUUAUGGAAUUAUUUGAGAAAUUAAAUACAUUAUGUUCGCAAUUAUUAACAAAAAUAAUGAAUUUAACUAAAAUAAUGAAUGAAACGUCUAAAUAUCAUCCACUUGUAAAUGAUAUUCUACUCAUUCAAACUGAACUUCGACAUUCGUAUAAUUCUAUUGAAAAUGUUUUAACAAAUCUUUUUGUUGAGAAUAACAAAUUUUCAAAUGAUCAAUUUAUCGCAGCGACAAUUCAAGAUUUAUUGAUAACAUUAAAAUAUAUUUGUCAGCUUGAAAUAACUACAGAUAAUAUUACAGAAGAGAAUGAGACUGUACGUUCAAUUGAUAAGCCAUUUAUCCGUUAUUUAUCUCGUGUAUUAAAAUCUCUUCGACAACUUUCAUCAAAUCAACCAUUUUCUCACGGUGAAGGUUGGCUUGUUUCAUAUUACAAUUCAAUGAAUAGAAAUGUCUCACUUUUUGAAUUAUCACGUUUAAUCGAUAUUUUACGUCAAUUAUUAAUGCAACAAUCAACAUCAUCUACAUCUAAUGUUAUUAUUCAACCGUUAUUUAAUUCAAUUCGAUGUCUGUUAGAACAAUUUCUCUAUCGUCUAACAUAUUAUCAUCGUUGCACCAUACAAAUUCAUUUGACAUUACUUCAAUUAUUUACAAAAAUAUUACAAGAAGGUUUCGAUAUGCCAAAUGAAGAGAUCGACGGUGAACAAGAGGGAGAAGAAACAACGCAUGAGGGAGGUAUGGGUUUGGCAGAAGGUAAAGGUAGUAAAGAUGUGUCCGAUCAAAUUGAAACAGAAGAUCAAUUAGAAGAUACACACAUGGAUAAAGACGAGAAGAAAAACAAUGAUGAAACAGAUGAAAAUGAACCAGAUGAAAAUGAAAAUAUUGAUGAAGAAAAAAAUGCUAUAGAAGUUUCAUUUGAUUUCGAAGGGAAUUUACAAGAUAAUCAAAAUACUGAAGAAAACCGUGAUGAAGAGGAAAAUGAAGAUGAGGAUGAAGAUGAUCAGACUGAUGAUCAAAUGGGAGACGUUAGCGACAAUGAUGACGGAGAAACGUUCGAUGAAAAAAAAUGGGGUGAUGAUGAGCAAGAGGAAAAAGAACAAAACGAGAAGAAAGGCAAAGAGUCGAACAAAGAAGGCGGUGAACCUGAAAAUGAUCAGGGUUUACAAGCAAAAGACGAAAACAUUGAUCGACAAGAUGUGGAAAAACCUCAAGAAUCAAAUGAAAAAGAACUUCCAGAGUAUUUAGAAGAAGAUUUGAAUAAUGAUGAAUUAGAGGGUGAAAAUGAACAAAAUCCAUCUCAUGACCAACAAGAACAAAAACCACCACAGAUCGAUUCCCUGGAUUUGCCGGAAAAUAUGGAUUUAGAUAAAAAUGAACAGGAUGACAAUAUGAAUGAGGAUGCUCAAGAAAUAGAAAAAGAUUUAGAUCUUCCGGCGAUGGAAGAACAAGAAGAAGAUGAGAUGGAGAUUGACUCGGAACAACAAAAGACUGACCAAGAACCAGAACAACAACAAAAACCUGAAAAUAAUGUAGCUGAUGUACCGCCUCAGCCAGAAGAUGAAGAACAAGAGCAAGUAGAAAAUAAAACCGCCGAUGCCAUAUCAAAUGAUAAACAACUGACAAAUGAAAAAACAGAACAGUUAAAGCAAAAAAAUUUACAAGCAAAUGCUGAAACAUUGGAAGAGAAUAAGAAUAUGGAUAAAAAUGUUGGACAAUCAUCGACUGAACAACGUGAUAGUGAUCGUCAUGGUUUUAAUGAUGAACAAACUCAAAAAAUUACGACAGAUUUGAGUCAAACUAUUCAGGAUGAUAAAACUAAAACAAAUCUUGAUCAGCAUCAAAAUAAAAGUAAACAGUCGAAUGAUCGUACGUUAGGUGAUCUAGCAUCGAAACUAGAUAAAAAUAUAAAAGCAGCGUUUGAUAUUAAACAAGAAGAACAAGAAAAACCAGAAGAAAAUACAGAAAAUAUGGAUGGUGUAGAAAAUGAUGAUGAGAAAGAUGCAGAAUAUUUUGCACACACAAAAAAUAUUCAAAAGUCAGCUAAACAAAUACUUGAUUCGGCUACACUUGAACAGCAACAACAAGAUCAAUCGUAUCCACAACAAGUGGAGGAUGAAGAGGAUGCGUCAAAAUCUAUGAAUGAGGCAGAAUCACAAAUGAUUGUUGAUGAUACUCAGAAUGAUGAACAAGAGCUAAUAAAUGAAAAUAAUUCUAGUCAUAAUCAAAAUCAGACACAGUUGAGUAAGAAAAAAGUGUCAAAAGAUGAUACCAACAAUUUAAUUGAUGAACAAAAGAUGUCUAUUGAACAGAGUGAGAAAGAAUACGUGUCUACAUAUGAUGUUGAACAUCGAUAUAAUUAUGUGGCCAUUGUACAAGAAAAAGCCUUAACAGAAGUUGAUGAAGAAUAUGUCGAUUUAUCUCAAGAAUUAGAACAAUCAUUACAACAAUGGUAUCUAAGAGAUGUUGAUGAUUCACGAGAUAAUGAUAGUGAACAAUGUCAACAGUUAUGGUCUCUCUUAGAAUCAUCAGUACAACCGUUAGUAUUUGAAUUAUGUGAACAAUUACGUUUAAUAUUAGAACCUCAACAAUGUACAAAAUAUCGUGGUGAUUAUCGCAUAGGAAAACGUCUAAAUAUGAAACGUGUUUUAACCUAUAUUGCAUCAGAUUUUCGUAAAGAUCGUAUUUGGUUAAAACGAUUAAAACCAUCAAAAAGAAAUUAUCAGUUAUAUUUAGCUAUUGAUGAUUCAUUAUCUAUUGGUGAAAAUCAUGUUAAAUGUUUAGCAUUAGAAUCAUUGUGUCUACUAGGACAGAGUUUAAGUUUACUCGAUAUUGGACAAUUUGGAAUUUUAUCAUUUGGCGAACAAGUACAAAUAUUACAACCAUUACAGCCACAGUUUACACAGGAAAAUGGAAUUAAAAUAUUGAAACAAUUAAAAUUUAAUCAAACAAAAACAUUGACAGCCGAUUUAUUAAAUUUUGUCACAGCCUCCUUUCUACAAGAAAAACUUCAUUCAUCUUCGUAUUCGAAUUCUUAUCAAAGUAUUGAUUUAUCUCAAUUAUUAAUUAUUUUAUCGGAUGCACGAGGUUUGAAUACUCAUCAGUCAAAAGAGUUAUUAAAAAAAUCAAUUCGUCAAGCUGUCAGUUCUAAUAUAUUCAUUGUUUUUAUCAUUUUGGACAAUAUAAAACAGAACAAGAAUUCUCAUACAAUAUUUGAAUUAGAGUCAUGGUCAUUUACGAGUGAUAAUAAAGCUAUUCGUAGUUUAUACAUGGAUGAUUUUCCAUUUUCUUAUUAUUUGGUGAUACAAGAUAUUGAUAUGUUACCCCGUGCUCUCAUUGAUGUUCUGAAACAAUUUCUUGAAUUGACCUCUACCUCUUCAAAUCAGUAA